AUGUCUGAUUCUAAACCUUCAACACCUAAACCUUCCGCGUCCACAUCGGGCCCGAAACCCAAACCUCGCGCAGGCAUCCAGCGCAAAUCGAAAGCCGAACGCGAGGCAUUCGCCAGGGAAGAAGCAGAGCGGCAACAGGCGCGCCUCGCUGAAGCGGAGAGGAAUGCUGCUGCCGCUGCGCGCGGUGGUCGAGGCGGUCGCGCUGGACGGGGCGGACGCGGAGGCGCAAGUACGCCUGACCGUGGACGAGAACAACCCGUCGGCGGAAACAGCGUCUUUGGCGCAAGCACCGGCAUGAGGCCUCAGACUAGCCGUCGUGAUGCGCCAGAGGGAUAUUCGGAAAAAUUAGAGGGCCAGAGCACCAUCAAACCCGAUGAAAUCGGCGUCCAGGGGUUGGAAGAAGGAGCCUCGUCACGAGGCGGCGGCGGCGGUGGGGGUGGUGGCUCCGGAGGAGGAAGAGCAGCGAACAGGGACCAGCAAUACCAGUACGAGACGAUCAGUGACGACGAGGCCGAAGAAGACCGUCAACCCAUCGAAACCAUCAUCUUGUCUAGUGACCAGGAUGACUUCGAAUACGACGAUUCUGAAGAUCAGGCCGACACCGACGACGACGGCGACGGCGACGACAAACCCGUCGAUUCGAGCCGCAAAGGAAAACAGAAAGAGGAAACCAAUCCAGCAUUGUCGAAGCUCGAGCUACGACCGAUGAUGCCACGGACAAAUCCAGAUCCCGAACGACAGAAAAAAGUCAAGGCGGAGAAGAAAUCCCGUGGCGGCGGUGGUGGUGCGCUGAAAAAGCAGGAACCAGAUACUCGAGACGUGGAUGCGGACGACAGCGCAGGGGAUCCAAUGGACAUUGACGAGCCGGUCGUUGUCAAGGAGCAGCCUUCGAGUCCGGAGAUGAGACGGCGUGGGCUCAAGAAACCCGGUGGCAGGGGCAGGGAACCCAAGUUCGCAAACGAGACGAUCGAAGAGCGUGCAGAGCGACUCCGGAUGAUGAGUGACGUGAGGAGGCUGCGGAGGGUUUUCAGGCGGGUCCGAGUCAAGAGUGAAGGCCCAGCAGUCAGUGUUGGCGAGCGCGAAGACAGCAAGCAAACGGACCAGAGUGACGAUCCUCCUGAAAUUGAGACCAGGCGUGUUCCGAAAGGAGAAUUGUUCCUGUUUCAAUUACCUCCCCUCACGCCGUUCCUGGUCGACUCGGCCACUGCCGAUGAUGAGAAACAACCAGAGGUCAAGAAGGAGCCUGGAACGGACGGACAAAUGACGGCACCGGCAACGGCGAAUCCUACUACUACGGACGGCGACGAGGCCAAGAAAGAUGUCACCGACGGCGGCGGCAGUGGAGGUGGUUCGUCAGCUCAGCCGAAGCUACAGAUGGACGGAACCCUGACUGCGACGGAACCCACGAGGUUACCGGCCGGAUUGGUCGGCAAGUUGCGUCUACACAAGUCGGGCAAAGUCAGUCUCGACUGGGGCGGCGCAGACAUGGAGGUGAGAUAUGGCUCCAGGGUCGAUUUUCUGCAGGAUGUCGUCAUGGUAGAGAGUCGACGCAAGAAUCACGACGCAGGCGCUGGCAACGACCAACCUGAAGGCGAGGCCGAUGCUGACGCCAGCGGUGACGGUGGUGCCGGUACUUCUCAAGAGAAAGUCAAGCGAGAGGCCGACGACCUCGACGGCACGGCUUACACCCUCGGCCACGUCCGCCAGAAAUUGGUCUGUAUACCAGACUGGGCCAGAUUGUACGAUUGA